GCCAAGUUUCAUCGAGAUAAUGUCGAUAUCACCAAGGGGGCCAAUUUGAUCAAGACGUUUACGCUCACCGACACUUCCAGCGGUCAUCCUAAGCACAAAGCAUUUUGCACUGAGUGCGGAUGUACUCUAUGGACUAUCCCGACCCACCAUGGAGGUGACUUUCUCAUGGUUCGAACAUCUCUCAUACAGACCGGG